UUUCUAGCCAACUGAAGAAGAGAGUUCACAACUCAACAAGAAGAAAAUGAAGUUCCUUCCAACUGUGUCCUUAAUGUUUAUCGUAAUGGGUUUUGCCCAAGGACAAAUGGAUAUACGCUGUGCCUUAGAACCUUUGCCUGUGGGCUUAUGUGUCAAUCGGAUUGUAGGGUAUACAUAUUCGGUUACAAGAACACGGUGCAUAGUCUACGAGAGCAGGGGAUGUGAGGUGAGGGGAAACUUCUUUGCCAGCAGGAAUGAAUGUGAGGCCAAAUGCAGGCCGGCGACCUCCUUUAGAGAUAAUCCUUUCACCUUCUAUCUCCAAAGAUCUUUGACCGAGGCCCGCAAUAUUUUAGGAAGAUUGUUUAAUUUGUAGAAUCUUCUUUAAAUAAGUUGAAUAAAUUGUACAACAAAUAAAUUGAAUUUAUCGCUGA